UACUUUUUUUCACAGCGGGAAAUGGCGCAGGGAUAGCCUUUCUUUGUUUUUACACUUCUCCCAUCGCCGUAUUUUAUUAAUAAAAUAGAAGGGGACGAUCUUUCUUUUGCGCCGCAUCACUCAGGCUUCGUCACGCCCAGUUUCGCUUUAGCUCUCUUAUCGGGUUGAUAUCGGGGGUCUGACGACCCGACUUCAAGUUUGCGGUUCGGAGCCGCAGAGAUUCCGUUCUCGGCCCCCCCAGAGUGAAGUGUAACCUGGCAGGGGUGACAGCGGAAAUGGGGGACUGGACCCAGGAGCUGGGGACCCUGGGAGAUGGAGUCCUGAACCGCCUGGCGGAAAUACUGGACAACCCAAAGUGCGGCUGGAGACAGCUGGCAGCCGCCGUCACCGAACAGCCCAAGUUCCGCUGCAGUGAGAAGGAGCUACUGAACUGCUCCCUGCAGGUGCUCAGUGCCACUGGCAGCCCAAGCCGCCUGCUGCUUUCCAUGCUGGCUGAUCGCUCCUGUCCCCUGGGCUUUCUGCUGCACUGCCUUCGGAAAAUCGAUCACCGUUCCGCUGUGCAGUACCUCAUUGCCACAGUGAUCCGGAUCAUCAUACAGCCGCAGUCCCAGUGUGAACCGGAUGGGUGCCGGCUGGUCCUCACCUGCCAGGCAGAGGGUCCCAAAGGGAUGGCGUACCAGUGGUUUAAAGGGAAAGAGGAGGUGCCCAACGGUCAGAACCCUGACCUGGUCUUGUGCCCUUUCGUAGCGAGUCAGCAAGGUCACUAUAUCUGUCGCGUCAGCCACGGGGAGAACUUUGUCUACUCCCAGUGGGCGAAGGUGCAGCUUGCCAGUGGGGACUGUCCCAGCUCAGAUGCUCGGGAUGGCUUCCUCCCCUCCUCAACGAGCAGCCUGCGAAUUACCCAGCAGCCCCAGCCCCUGUCCGUCUGCGAGGGAACCCCCCUUCGCCUGGAAUGUGCCGCUGAGGGCAACCCCCCACCUCAGUACCAGUGGUACCAUAACAACGAACCAGUAGCACAGGCAACCCGGCCCAGUCUCGAGAUUUCCUGCGCCACCACUUCCAGCAGGGGGCAGUAUAGUUGUAAGGUGUUCAACCUGUACCACGACAUACGGAGUGAGGAGAUCCACGUGGAGAUUGGUCCCGGAUCAUUCCUUUGCUCGUCGUUUGAUGAAAAUGAUGGCGGGUAUAACCCUCCCCCGGCUCGACAGCACAGCAGAUUCUAUGCCACUGACAAGGUGGCCCUCCUCAUGGGCAACAUGAACUACCAGCACCACCGGCAGCUGCGUGCCCCCAUGGCUGACGUCCACCAGCUCUGCAACCUGCUGCGGCAGCUGGAUUUCAAGGUAGUCUCUCUGCUGGACCUGACUCUGCAGGAGAUGCACAGCGCUGUUACAGAGUUCCUGCUGCUUCUGGAUCGUGGCGUCUACGGACUGCUGUACUUUGCCGGCCACGGGUAUGAAAACUACGGGAACAGCUUCAUGGUGCCAAUAGACGCGCCUUCCUCCUACACGUCUGAGCAUUGCCUAUGGGUGCAGGACGUGCUGCGACGGAUGCAGGGGCGCCAGACCGGCCUCAACGUCUUCCUGUUGGACAUGUGUCGCAAGCGGAACCUGAAUGAUGAUGUCAUUCCCCAGCCGGGCCCCUUGAAGGUGACCGCCAACAUCGUGUUUGGAUACGCCACAUGUGUAGACGCUGAGGCAUACGAGGUGAACAAGGACGGCCUCUCCAACGGCAUCUUCAUGAGCUUCCUCACACGGCGCCUCCUGGAGGACGAGAAGGUCACCGUCAUGCUGGACAAGGUCGCUGAAGACAUGGGCCAGUGUGACAUUACGCGGGGCAGACAGGCAUUGGAGUUGCGCAGUAACCUGUCGGAGCGCCGAGCCCUGACGGACCGCGUGCAGAGCGGCGACUGCCCUGAAAUCGCGUCCGUGCGGAAUCUGCAGUGGGCCGUCGCUAAUGUGCUCCCGGACAGCCUGUACUUGAGGUUCGAGUGCGGCGUCACGGUGCAGCUGGGUUUUGCAGCCGAGUUCUCCAACAUCAUGAUCAUCUAUGCCAGCGUGCUGGAGAAGCCGGACGCCGUGGUGACAUGCACCGCGCAGCUCACUGACUUCUCUGAGGAUGUGGGUGUGGAGCUGAAGCUGACCAAUCAGGAGAGCCCAAUGGAUGCUGGGAGUCUGCUGUUCACGGCAGAGACCCUGGCCCAGCCCGGCUUCCCGAGCCUCUACACGCGCCUCAGCGCCCUGCAGAGGUUGAAGUAUGAGCUGUCAUUCUCGGUGUGCCUUCAUUACCAGUACGCCAGCAUGGACGACGAGAUACAGGAGACCAGGUUGGUCUCUGUGGGUAAGCCACUGGUGUCCAAGCUGAAUCUGCAUCAGCCACGCCUCCCCCGUUCCUUUUCUGCCUCCUCCUCCUGCGACCUCCACUGCUUCAGUCUCCCGGAGUCCUCCUCCUUCCCUGAUGGCCUGGAUGGCCACCUCCCCGCCUCGGAAACCUCUUCCAUCGGGUCGGCCUCCACGUGCUGGUCCUUCUACCAGCCUGGGGAGUUUCCUGAUAGCCCUUUACCUGCAAAGGUGAACCUGCCUGAGGAGACGGUGAGCCCCGAGUUCCUGGAUCCAGACUUGCCCAGGCCUCUCUCUGCAGACAUCAGGAGCCUGCCACUUGAUAAUAUGGAGAGACUCUCCUUGCACUUCCGAAGCAAGCAGAACUUCUCCUUCUAGGGAUGUGUGUCAUGUAGUAGCUUUUCUCACAAGGGCCACUAACAACUGCAGACACACAUUUCGCUUAUUUUUAUUACUAUUGUAUUAACAGCAGUUUACCUCAGAGAUCUUUUACACAUGUUCUGUGAAAAGACAAGAGGGCCAAUAAUGUGUCCGUUGUUAUCUAACCAAUCGGUGAGCUGUUGUUCACUGGAUUGUUUGGUUAACAAGGCCCAUAGACUUCAAGGCUUUCAAAAACACACUGGCUGUUUUUCAUGUUUUUUUUUUUCGUUUUUAACCUUUUCAAGGAAAGUUUUUUUAAGAGUUAAAAUGUGUAUUUGACAGUGAAGACAUUUGGCAACUUUUGAGAAGCCUCACCACAAGUGACUAAAAUCACAUGCAGUACCUCAGUUCUACCACAGGGCGCCACUGUGUGCAGCCGAAGCAUUUUAUGUAAUUUGCAAUUUUUGCUGGAAACGUUGUGGUUUUUAUAAUGUAACACCUUUUAUGGGCAUUUCUGUAACAUUUAUUGAUGCUUUACUCGCUCUGGUGUGGACCUGCCUAAAAGGGCAGAUGCUGAUUGUCCGCUGAGGGGUACGGAUCUCUCUGCUUGGGUUUGGAGGUCUUAGCGAACGCUGCCCAUCUCCAUCGGGCUGUGUAACCCUCUGACCAGCGAUGGAGCCGUCAGGGAGGCCAUUCUGGGCUGGCGUGAGGGGUGGGGAGGGAGGGGUCACUGGGUUGCCUGGAGUUAUUGUGUAAGAAGCGAUAGAAGGAGUGAACCGGCGCCUCCUAGUGUGAUUUACGGAACGCUCCGCCGCAGUGGCCUCGCCCUCACUCGCACUCCCAGCUGUAACCCAAUCGCACGCUCGUGUUUUGGCAGACAUCGCCACACCGUAAUCCCCCCCCCCCCCCCCCCAUUCGCUUUUCGCUAAUAUCUGCCCAUGUUGGGUUUUCAAUGACCCCCUAAAGAGGAGCAUGUCCCCGGCUGCGUUUUACGCUCUUCUGCCUGUUCUGCUUUCUGGCCCUUAAAACCCUUUCGUUCUGUGUCUUCUGGUCUUUGAGUCUUUGACGCAAAGCAAAUACUUGGGAAGGGGGGGGGGGGGCUGUCAUUUUGUAAGCAGAUUUUUGGGUCUCGUGUCUCAGCUGAAUGUUCUCUAGGGCAGUGAUUCCCGAUUCGGUCCUCUGGAACCCCCAAAAAAGUCCACGUUUUUGCUCCCUCCCAGCUCCCGGUAGCAAAAACGUGGACCAUCCGGGGAUCCCUGAGGACCGGGUUCAGAAACUCUGCCCUAGAGGGUCGCACCUAUUUGGGGACGUCUGUGAACACAGACACGCACCAAGGCACAUGUGAAGCCGUUAAUGGUCACCUCAUUGCACUGGGAGCACUGGCCUUCAGGGCACAGUCUGUGACUGGUUUAUUUUGUACCUUAGCCAGCAUACCUUUUCAGUACAAACCGGAAAUUUCCAUUUUUCCAUACAUGCGGAAUUCCCCAAGGAUCCAUUUUAGGUCCUAUUCUGUUUUCUAUUUAUAUGCUGUAUUUCAUAAGCACAAUAUGUCAUUUAACUGCUGUGCUGACACCCAGAUUUACCUUCCACCGAAACCCUGUGACCCACAGUGAUGAACUUACUUUCUUUACUGACAAACAUUAAGGAUUGAAUGUCUCAUAACGUUUUUAACGUAAUUAAAUGACCAAAAUUACCCUCUUCAGAUUAUCAAAUUGCACUAUCCCUGUCUUUGAGUAUCUGGAUCAACUUUUUUCUUUUUUGAAAGAUCGCGCACUAAACUUGGGUGUAAUCUUUGACUGUGAUUUUAAAUUUGACCAGCUAAUUAAUUCUGUAGUUAGAUCUGCUUUUUAUCAUCUUAGAAAAAUCUCGAAAGUUAAAUCAUUUUUAUCACCUCCUGAUCUCGAGAAAGAAAGUCAAAAGAUGACUGUGCUGUUUCUGUGUACACACCUAACCUCUGGAACACUCUUCCAUUGGAGAUUAGGUUCUCCCCUUCAGUCUCUCUUUUUAAAUCGUGAUUAAAAACAUAUUUCUAUAGAUUGGCUUUUAGCUCUGACUAUUGGCAGUUAUUUUACUAUUUUAGUCCUUGUUGGUUGUAUUAUAUUGUGAUUAUGGGGUUGUUUUAUUUUUGUUUUGGUCAUGCUAAUUUUGUACAGCACUUUGGAAUACUUCUGUUGCUUCAGAAAUAAAAUUUACAUUCCAUUCCAUUCCA